GCCGCCGCAUCCUUUAGGGGAGUGGGCCCGGGCCGGGUGAAGAGCCCUGGGGAGGGCGUGCUCGGGUUCCGGCCCGGCCUCAUUGACGGAAAGAAACCAGCCUGUUCUCUCCCGACACUGUGUCCUCUGUCGCUGCCACGCGGGGAUGGAACUGGGGGAUGGGACUGGCAGAGGUAGCUGCAAUGAAGUCUCCGCUCAUACGAAGUUUACCCACUGGGCUUUGGGGACCGCGGUCAGUGGCUUAGGCCAAAAGUUGGAUUUGUUCGUUCAUCUCCCAGAAAUUUCAUCUAUGUUCUUUCUUCAUUCACUCAUCCCUCAAUUCUACUCUAAGCCGGGGCCCAUUGGACACCAUGAAGCUGCUGCCAGUCUUGGGGCCUGGAGACAAGCCCAGGAAGGCAACAUGUCUGUGAGGGCUCUGAAGGCAGGGACUUUCUGUCGUAUUCACCACGUAUCUGGGUGGCUGUGUGCUCUUGGGUACACCUUGACCCCCCCUGGAGACAGCCCCUGUGCUCGGGUUGGCCACAGCUGUUCAUAUUUACCCCCAGUUGGUGAUGCCAAGAGAGGGAAGGUCUUCAUUGUUGGGGGAGCAGAUCCAAGCAGGAGCUUCUCAGAUGUGCACACCAUGGAUCUGGGAACACACCGGUGGGAUUUAGCCACCUCGGAGGGCCUCUUGCCCCGGUACGAGCAUGCCAGCUUUGUUCCCUCUUGUGCUCCUCAUACCAUCUGGGUGUUUGGAGGUGCUGACCAGUCAGGAAAUCGAAAUUGCCUUCAAGUUCUAAAUCCUGAAACCAGGAUUUGGACCAUGCCGGAGGUGACCAGCCCCCCGCCAUGCCCAAGAACAUUCCACACAUCGUCUGCAGCCAUUGGAAACCAGCUGUAUGUCUUUGGGGGCGGAGAGAGAGGCGCCCAGCCUGUGCAGGAUGUGAAGCUGCAUGUGUUUGACGCAAACACUCUGACCUGGUCACAGCCAGAGACCCUUGGAAAACCUCCAUCCCCCCGGCAUGGUCAUGUGAUGGUGGCAGCAGAGACAAAGCUCUUCAUCCAUGGAGGCUUGGCAGGGGACAAAUUCUAUGAUGAUCUCCACUGCAUUGAUAUAAAUGAGAUGAAAUGGCAGCAGCUAAGUCCCACUGGGGCAUCUCCCGCAGCCUGUGCUGCCCACUCAGCUGUGGCUGUGGGGAAACACCUGUACAUCUUUGGAGGGAUGACUCCCACAGGAGCACUGGACACAAUGCAUCGGUAUCACAUAGAAAAGCAGCAUUGGACCUUGCUUAAAUUUGAUACUUCUCUCCCCCCUGGACGAUUGGAUCAUUCCAUGUGUGUCAUUCCAUGGCCAGUGAUGUGUACUUCUGAGGAAGAAGAUUCCAAUUCUCUCACUCUGAACUGUGAUGCUGAGAAAGGGGAUUCCGCCAGCAAAGGAGUGACCCAAGGUGGUGACUCACAUGAGGAAAGUCAGACUGACACACUGCUUUGUUUUGUGUUCGGCGGGAUGAAUACAGAAGGGGAAAUCUAUAGUGACUGUAUUGUGACUGUAGUUGACUAAUCCCACAUUUUUAUUAAAUGACAACUUUUCAGGGAAGUUAAAUGAAACCUUAGCUAUUUUAUACCUCCAAAAUAUUUUCUGCACUAUCUAUAUAUCCCUCUAACUCUUACCUAAUUUGGGAGGUGAAGAAAUGGAUAGCCCAGUGCAAAAACCUCUAUUAUAUAAAGGGUUUUACCAGCAAUACAACCUAGGUGGUAAGUGUGAUUGGUCAAGAUACUGAUCACAAAAAUGUUGGAGAAUUAAGCUGUAGAAACCAUAGUGUGGACAUUUACAGGUUGAAGCCUAUCUUUCUAGUAUUCAUCUAGUAGCUGCUCUCCAGAAAGAGGUGCAGCCUGUUGGCAUGUGAGAGCCACUGGGGACAGGGAUGAAAGACUGGCCCUUGUCUUUCCUAACCACCUGCUAACCCCACAACAUACAGCACUGCAGGUCACUUUUAACCGUUGUAUUGAACUUGGCCUGAACACCCUUGGUAUUAUACUCCAUGCUUGUCCAAAUGCUUCUGGGGCACUGCAGAAGUGUGGGCCUCCGACUAAAAACAGUCAUGCCAUCAGGUUCCAGUUCUGACACGUUAGAAAAUUAACCUUUUAGCCCAUUGCCCACCCCAUAAAAUAUCUACUAUCCUUGGGCAGUAUUGAGUUUCAUAUCAGCACCAGAGAGCCUGCCCUUUUUGAUCAUGUAAAAUCAUUUAUCUAGAUCAUCCUUUUCCCUCAGGAAGCCAAUCCAAGUAAUCUUGAACCUCCCUUGAUACAAAUGACUACCUUUAAUCCACAGUUGUAACAGGGCUUAAAGUAAUUUCUCACCAUCCUAGACCCCACUCCAGACAACUAGUAAGAAAUUUCAGAGAUCAAGAUUCUGACAUAGUGGAAGUUUAAAAUAUACUUUUAUAAAAAAUAAUAAAAUACUUUAUAUCCUAAAAUUA